AUGUUUCAGAAGCCGUCUGCUGUUGAGGAUCAAAGAGCCUGGGUCAUCGAGUGGAGCACUCACGUGGUCCGAAAGCAGAUUGGCCAGAACCUCCUGGCUGUGAAGGAGGUGAACCUCCGUAAUCCGGCGUUUGGCAAAGACAAGAAGUCCAGAGACAGCAGCGUGGAGAAAAUCCUCUCAGAGCCGACGCUCAUGACGCACCAAAAAAUUGUUAAAUACUACAAGAUUUUUGGAAGUAACUUUCUUCUACCCGAAGCUGACUUUGGCCUCGCGAAGCAGAAACAGGAGAACAGCAAACAAACGUCAGCAGUCGGCGCCAUCCUUCACUCCUGUCCAGUGGUGGUGAAGAACGAGCCGCGUGGAGAGAAAGCUGACGUCUGGGCUUUGGGCUGCAUCCUCUACCAGAUGGCACCUUUACAGCCUCCAUUCAACUGCAGUAACAUGCUGCCGAUGCCCAACAAGAUUGUCGAGGCCGUCUACGGGCCGGUUGAAGGAGGAGUUUUCUCAGGGAGAGACAUGAUCAGAGGGUGUUUGUGUCCAGACGCAGACCAGCGGCCCGACAUCGUGUAAGUCGGCUCCAGGAUCUCUGACCUCAUGAUGGGGCUGAUGGACGGCCUCCACACUUCCCAGAAUGCACUAGAACGAGAGCGGGACAGGAAGCGAGCGCAGAAGCACUUCCUGGAGAGGCACAAAAGCCGGACGCAGUGUUGUCGCUCAAUCCCGUCUCAUUACAUGUCAUUUUUGUCUCAGGUGAAUCGGGUUUCGAAAAUUGAAAAUUGAGGACGGUUAAGAUUAGAUUUGUUUUUGUUUGAUAUAUUGAGAGAAAAACGACCGUCUAAUGGGCUUUGUGGUUAACUGUCAGCUGAUGUAAAGUCAGGGGCAAUGAAGUGAGAUGACUUACAAGAGGACAUUUAUCAUGAGGAGGUGGUGUUCGAAGUUGUUGUUGUUUUAACGAUUUCGGCUUGUUGUAUUUCUGUAGAGGUCAAGUACUCCUCAUACUUGGGACUAAAUUCAAUCUGGGUAAGUGAAAAACAUCACUUCAGUGGAAACAUGACUAUAUGGCCUCAAGGUUCAUCAUCGAGACGUGUUAUCUCUAAAUGGAGGCCAAUGGAAAAGCUGAUUCACACACCGCCUCAGUAGUGACUGUGCUGCUGCAAAGAUUAAACCAAGACAAGGUAAGUUUUCAUCCCAACAGGAACCCUUAAUAUGAAAAACCCAAAAGAGCUGAUGUUCUAACAGUCCUUUAUCAAUGUGUGCUGUUCAUUUAGUCAUUGAGUCUUUCAAUCCCGAGGACCAGUUUUAACUCCUCGCUGCAGGACACAGCUGGUUCGAAAAGGGCUGCGAGACAAAGGUCUCCAAUGAUAAGAAUAAAUGUAAAAGACACUUUACCUCGAUUUAAUAUUCGUAUUUAAAAACAUCACAAUGUCUGUCUGCGGCUUCACAAGCAGCCGACUACAAGAACGUGCACUCUGAGAUCCUGUUAUCGUUGUCAAUUUGAUUAACGGCCGAAACGUGUAUUUUUAAUCACAGAAUGUUUUCAUUUUAAAGAGCGCAGCACAGAUGGAGCUGACUUCCGUAUGCACUUUCAUCCAAAAGGGAUUUGUCUAUAUAAUCUGUUUAAGAAAUGUCUAUUUUGAAAUGAAAUACGCAACAAACUGUUUAUUGCGGACAAUGUUAUUGCUGUGUAUUAUGUUGUAAAAGCAUUUGGCGCCAAUGUUGAUGCACUGAGUGGGCUGAGACAAAAUGUUUGAAACAGAUGUAGUAAACUUAAUAGUUAUACAACAAUGUCAAGACGCCUACAAUCAAGAUCACCGACGAGUACAGAAACCUCUUUCAUCUGUGUGGCUCUUUGGUUGUGACUUACCGGAUGAUACAUUGGAUUUUCUUGCACCUGGAAAGUUAUUUAAAUAAAACCAUCUGAGAAGUU